AUGCCAGAACCUCAGUUGAUCUUUGACCUUGCUGACCUCCAUUUAAAUUCUCCUUUUGGUUUUGUCUCAGGUCCUGCCUCGGCUAUGGGUUAUGCCUAUCAUGCCAGGCCAAAUCCCAAUCAUGAUGGAUAUCAUGGAACUGAAUCCACUUGUCAACUCAUCAGACUCCAAGACCUUCGUACUGCCGGACUCGAACCUACUUUAGAUAUUGAAGGAUUUACUUAUGUUUCUGGACGGCACAUCCCUGAAAAUUUGAGCAAGGAUGGAUACCAAGAAUUAGUAGAAGCAGAUUCAGUAGCCCUUGUAAAAAAUCUGACUGGUGCAACAUCAGCAAUUGUCUUUGAUACUACUUUUAGAGGGAAUUUUGACAGUGAAUCACGCAAAAUAGUUCCAAUCAUUCACUCUGGUAUGUCACCAGAAGGAGCUAAAAUUCUCAAGGAACACUUCCAAGACCAAUGGUUGAAUUUGGGGGAUACAGAGAUGAUUCAAUUUGGAAAGUACUUAGAGAAGAAUAAAGAUUGUGCCAUUGUGAAUGUGUGGAGACCAAUUCAAACUGUUGAAAACAAUCCUCUAGGUUUGUGUAAAUGGAAUUCACUUGCAGAAGAAGAUGUUUUGGAUUUUGGAGUCAAACCACAAAGUGCCUCUACUACAGUUCAGCCAUGGGAAUAUAAAGCACAUCAAGAAUGGUUUUACUUGAGUGAACAGAAACCUGAUGAAGCUUAUGUAUUCAUGCAACAUGAUAGUAGGGCAAAAGAUGGGCAUGGGAUCAAUGUUCCACAUGCUUCCUUUAGAAUGAAGGAUGACAACCCUGAAUCACAUACAAGACAAAAAACACACAAGGGCAACAAGGAUAUUCAAAAUAUCUUGAACUCAUCUAAACAAGCUGCCUGA